GUUAAGACCGUCACAUGCCGCUGCCCCUCGGCACACGCUAACGUGCGUCUUCCGCGGACGGAGGUGUUUCGCUGUUCGGUUCGUAACGUAUUCGUUAUUUUUUUUUUCUCUCUCUUCCCAUUUCCGAGACGCGAAAAACGGUCGACAAUAGACGACGAAAACCGCGCCAGCAUCUUUAGGUAGAUCGGAAACCGGCGCCCGACAACGAUUCUCCCGAUCGUUUAACACACGCGUUGCGCUUUUUUACGACCGCGAGUGGACCGCGUGCGUUCGUGCGUUCGCGUGUCGGUGCUGCACCGCGCGACAAUAUUGUUAUUAUUGUUAUUAUUAUGUUACGUGGCCGACCGCGACAUGUUCACCGGCCGACGGGUUGACGAUCGUCCGGACAUUCGUUCGUUUUCGGCUCUUCCGGCCGUAAUAACGCGCUGCGCGACACCGUUUCGAAAUCCGUUCUCGUAGUCCGGAUCAUCUCCUCCUCCCGGAUACUCACCACCUGCACCUCCGAUCCCAGCCGAUAUUGAAAAUGAUCGAUCGCCGCCCGGACUUAGAAGUGAUCGACGUGUCUCAAAACGGGUUGCUAUCGGAUAUGGACACGCCGCAGUACAGUCUUCGGUGGAACAAUCACCUGGUCCACAUGAUGGACGCCAUCGAAGUCCUCCUGCAGAACGAAACGCUCGUGGACGUCACGUUGGUUUGCGAAAAGACCCAGUUCAAAGCCCACAAAGUCGUCUUAUCCGCUUGCAGUCCGUAUUUUCAAAGACUGUUCUCGGAGACGCCGUGCAAACAUCCCGUGAUCGUGCUCAAGGACCUUCCCGACUGGGAGAUGAGAGCUAUCAUACACUUCAUGUAUAAAGGGGAGAUUAACGUUGGCCAGGAACAAUUGCCGCUGUUGCUGCAGGCCGCUGAAACGCUACAAGAACCACCGCACAUCCGUCUGCCGCAAAUACCGCAUUUGCCGCCGAUCACGUUCAACGACAGGAAUUGUCCAUCGCCCACCCCUCGCCGGAAACAGGCGAGACCCAGGCGAAGAUCCGGCGAAGCGAUUGGCGCACAAGACCUGAGGAAAGCCUCUUCCCCAUCGCAUUUCAACAACAAUGUCGCCGAGAAUUUGUCAAUGAAAAAGUCACCCAACAAUGAAAAUAUCAACAACGAAAACAUGCCGACAAAUCUAAGUUGUAAUAAUAAGAGGCCCGACAGGACACCCUCACCGUCCGCAAAUAAACAAAUGAAGGUCGAAGUGGAAGAACAAGAAAUGAUUGGAGACUUGGGACAUAGUCAGCCGGUGGAGUUGACGGCCAACAGUGGCAAUCCGAACGUAAACAACAAUAAUAAUAACAACCAGUCGAGUAACAAAAAAAAUCACCACCACCACCACCAUCACAACCACCACCAACAGCAGCAGAGGCACCCGGACUUCCCUUAUUACGGCCCCGAUCCCAUGAGCAUACCUCUUAAUCCACACGAUCCGCACUUUGAAAACUCGUUGUUUCCGCCUUUCGGACCAUUGUCAUCGCUAUCUCUACAAGGACCUCCGCACAUGUUUCCGAUUGAUGCCCAAUUCGGUCUGUUUCCCGGUCUGGACGGCUGCAGGAAUCCUCUGCUGAACGAACUGAUCGAGCCGAGGUUCGACAAUCCGCCACCGAGCAAAAAGAAAAAGAAAAUGUUUCCGGUUGGUCGACCCAAAGGCCAGCACAGCGCACCACGGGGUGGACCGCCCAGGUCGUGGACGAACGCUGAGCUUACGGAAGCAUUGCAGCACGUGUGGAACAAGAAGAUGACCACGUCGCAGGCGUCCCGGAUCUUCGGGAUACCAUACAACAGCCUGUUGAUGUACGUGCGCGGUAAGUACGGAAAGUCGCUGAAACUGGAACAGCUGAAGAAAGAGUGUUUCGGCGAUAUCAACGGUCCGCUGGACCUGCUGCACUUCGGGUCCAUAUCGAACAACAACAACAGCAGCAACAAGAACAACAACAACAGCAACAGCAACAGCAACAACAACAACGGCGGUGGCCACAACGGGGGCAGCGGCAACAACAACAGUGGCAGCAACAACAACGGCAACGGCAAUGGCAACCACAACAACAACGGCAGCAACAACCAGAGCAACGGCGGCAACGGGCCGGCCGCGCCAUCCGAGCCCGUGGACUUGAUGCUGGGACCGCCGGGCUUUAACCCGUCCGCGUUCCCUGCAUCCAACUUCUUCCCGGACUUCGGGUCCACGUUCCCGAUGGGCAUGGACAUGAUUCACUUGAUCCAGCAGCAGCAACAGAUCUCGCUGUCCGAGGCGGAAAAGCAGCAGUACAUGGGACUGGACAUGAUGGGCGUGCAACCGCAGUCGGCCGUGGUGCUGGACUACGCGAUGAAGUCACCGGCGGCCAUCCGCAGCAACUCGGAGCCGCCGAUGACGGGAGGCGGCGGCGAGGAUGAGACGAUCGACGGCGACGGUAUGGCCGUGGGCUUGGCGAGUUUAGGCGACGUGGACGCCGAGUGCGACGACGACGACGACGAUGACGAUGACGAGGACGAGGACGAGGACGAGGACGGGGCCGACGAUUGCGGUGUUGACGACGAAGACGAUGAGGAUGAGGACGAACCGGUGGCCGUGGACUUCUCGAAAGCCGGGAGCGGUGGUGCCGGUGGUGCCGGCGGUGCCGGGAGCAGCAGUGCGGGCGGAAGCGGCACCGGUGGCGACGGCGACGACGUAGACGACGACGAAAGACUGAGUCCGGAAGCGGAGGAAAAGGACAAGGAACAAGACUGACACGGGGUGUUCAGGGACUAUGCGCUAUCGUUUGACGCUGUGCUCCAAACAUAAGUCCGGCGGUGAUCUCUCUCUCUCUCUCUCUAUCUCUCUUUAUCUCUAUUUAUACAUUACUUCCAUCACCGGCACAAGAACGCACACAUGCACACACGUCCCUGUGUUCCACUCGUUCCCACAAUCACAAUCGCCUUCUUCUACCCUCCACACUUUAACCCGCGACCGGCCCCACUCGUCUUCUAUUUUAAUUUGUACAAUUAUUAUUAUUAUUACUACAUUGGUAUGUGUAAAUAUUUAUAUUAUAUUAAUAUGUAUACGUCGGUCGUACGGCAGUGCGGUCCUUAUGUGUAUCGUAAUUGUUAUCGCGUUUUGCGGAUGAUAAACUUUUUUGAGUGAAAAAAAAAAUAAUAAUAACGAUGUUCGGCAUAAGGCGAAAACAAACGUGUAACCUUAUGUCUUAUACGCUACAGCUAGUGAAUACAAAGAAACGUGUAAAUUAGAUUUAAAAUAAUUAAUACUGAUCGUGUACAUAUUUAUAGUGAUCGUCCUAUUGUAUUUUGAAAAACGUA